CAUAUGAACUAGUUAUAACAGGCCUAUCGGAUCCGAAACUACGGUCAAGGGAAUCCACCAAGUCAAGUGGUAGAAAUACCACUAUAGUAUUCAACCACUGUUACUUAAUAGCAUCAAUUCAGAUUACCUACCAUUACUGGAAACCUCCAGCUAAAAUUUGCAAUGAGGUUCACAUAUACUGAGGCAUCUCUGGAGAAAGUUUAACCAUUCCAAGCUUUGCUAGUCCAUUGGAAUAUUUGAUAUUUUGAAUUCCUUAGCGACAUACUGUAGCCAAUCGAAGAGUAUUGAAAAGUGAAACUAAUGCCACUAACUGAAAAAAUGUAUGGAGAAAGACAUUGACCACGAAACUAAAAUUGGAUUGAAAGAUUUAGCUUUUAUAGGAGGGAACUAACGCUGAACACAAUGUCAUAUCGAACGAAAGGGUGAAGACCACGAAAACGGUGAUUACAAGAAGUCGGAGUAAUCUUUUGAACAAAGCUCAGAGUAUGCCGAUAGCUACCAUAAAGAUUUAUAUCUUAACAGCAUUGAAUAUACGAAUGUUUCUGUGACUUUAAGUAUAGUGGAAGAUCCUAAGGGGGAUCCUCAUAAAGAUUUUAAAGACAUAUUGUCAAAAUAUAAAUGGGAAGAACAUCUUGAACUUGAACAGGAAUACGUAUCAUUAUACAAAGAAACAUGGAAACUGUAGAGUUGGAAAACUUCAGUACUUCUAAGAACGUCAAAUUAGAUGGAAUUGUUGGAGCAAAAAUGGUUUUCAUUACUAAUAUGGACGAAAACUUUUCUAGUGAAGAAGAAAGCAAAGAAAAUACAAGAGAAACUGACUAUUUGUUUAAGCAACAGAUAUUUCCAGACUGGACAUUAAAUCCAGAAAACGUUCAAGAUGUGGCCUCAAACUCACAAAAAGCUCCAUCUGCAACAGAAAAGUCUCGAAAUAUUCCAGCUAUGACAUCAAAACCAGAGAACGUUCAAGAUGUGACAUCAAAUCCUCAAUACGUUCCAGAUGCAACAGACUCAGAUUCUGAACUGAAUCUUCACGAGAUAGAAAUGGAAAGGCGUCGAAUAAUCGACAAGCAGGUUGUCCGGAAAAAAAUAAUCGAGCAGUGGGCGUUGAAAAACCAGAAAGAUGAUAUAGAUGAGUCCAAAAGUAACGAAGACAGUUUAGAAAUACUUCGUAACUUGAACAGUAAAACAUCACUCAAGACGUUUCCUCCUUCGCCACAUAAUUCCCAGGGAAGUACGAAAACAUUUGAAAAGCGAAAAGAACAGGAGAAAAACAUAGCUGAUCAGUUUCGAAAACAUCAAAGUACAAGAGAUAUAUCUAAGAUAAAAGAAGAUAACACAGAUGAUAUAGAUUCGAACUCCAUCAUUCAAAACAAACAGAAGACCAUAAAAUAUUGGGAAAGACUGACGAUGGCUCAGCAAACUUUUGAUGGUUCGAAAGAAGUUUCUCCUAUCCACUCACGAACGGAGAUUAAUAACUCAAACUUGGUCUGCAAAGAAAGAUUGGCCAUUCAGAACGAACACCCUAAAUAUAAUACUACGUCACAAUUAAACAUUUCUCAGAAGGAACCCACUCUUCUCGACCUAAACAAUUAUUGUAAUGAUUCAUUAAAUAUAACCGUAAAUACUUUUUCUGGUAUAGAGAACACCAUCGCACUGGACAGCCUUGAAAUUGAGCACGAACGAAUACGAAAAAGUGGUAAGUCACUGACCCGACUACUUGACAAUUCUCAAGAUUCUUCGUUGCGGAGCGAUCUUUUCACAGAAAGACUAUCGGAUGGAAGUGUUGGUGAAGUAGAAGAUCGUUUUCCGAGUACCUAUGUUAAUAUUGGUCACCGAAAUAUCUACGAAAACAAAACAUUUGAGCCAACAUUUUACAUACAAACAACUGCACAGUCUUUCAAAAUGGAGACAAAUUUUAUUGAGCGAGAAAUUCGACUCCAGAAGGAGAAGAAAGAUAUGCUUGCUAAAGAAAGACAUAACAUUUUUCCGAAUGCUAUAAAUCAAGUGUCUACAAGUGAUAACCCCUCGACAAUAGUAGAUAAAAUUCAGGUACCUCAGCAUCCAAUGGAAAGACUAUCAUCUUCUCCUCCAUCCGUGCACCAAAAGACGCAAAAUCUUUAUAUUAGUUACAACAUCAAUUCGAGGAUUGCCAUGGAGAUUCAGGAACUCAAAGAACGGGAGAAUGAACUUAGACAACUGCGAGGUCAAGCCCAGCCACCUCUUGUCAAUGAAACCUCGCUAAACAAUGAAAAUAAUGACAUUAAUCUUGGAAAUACCCAGUCUGAACAUUCUGUAAAGUAUGAAAGCUUAUUUGAUGAUAAUCUAUGUUCUGAACGUCAGUCGUCAAUUACAAGCUCUAUCCAGCCUGAACAUAAUGUCACUUCAGCGAUAUCAUUGAAUGAUUUACAUGGUGGUCAACACCACGAUUUGGAAUCUGCUUUCACUUAUAGGUGGAAAGAGAACAUAAAAGUGCGUCCACUUUCAGACCAGGAGAAUGUGGAAACAGGGCAUUAUUGUAAAGCAUCAAAUGAAACCCCAGUAGAAAGAGAAAUCCGUUUAGCUAAAGAAAGAGAAGAUGCUUUAAGGAAAGAGCGAGGUUGGUUAACUCCGAUGGCAUCAGAAGGUAAAGUAUGGAAACCUCAUUCUCAAAGUUCUGUCUCAAGCAGCGUGCCAAGAUUAACAUCAUUUACAUCUUCUAUGUUUAGUGGCAACACUCAGAAAAUGCUUGCCUCAUCUAGAAUCCAGAAGGAAAUAGAUGAACAGACACAGCGUGAGAUGGCGCUUCGAGCUGAUGGUCACAUUCAAACAAUAUCUCAAGAAAGAACUGAUUCUAAGGUUGCCCGGUUAGGUGAGGGUGAUAUCACCAUUCAAGAAGAAGUAGUUUCAGAAACUAUAGAACCACAAAAACAUGAUGAUAUAAUUCUAUUUUCAACCCAACAGAAUGAAGCUCCAUCAACACAUGUAUUAUCAACUCAGUCGCGUAAUAUGUGUUCUGAUGAUUCUUUGCGACAAAUACCAACCCAGAUUCAUGGCGUAGGAAUGGACAAUGCUCCAUCACCAGCUAAAUUAACUUCUGUCACGAAUGGUUAUACUUAUGAUAAGGAACCCAGAAAUCCUCCUUCCCCUCCUAACUCUAUGAGCUCUUCUAAUACCAUCUCCCUGCCAGGACGAAGGUUCAUUCAGAAUCCAACAGGAAAUAGAGGAAUCAGUAUGCACAAAUUCAUUGCUAGUCGAGGAAGGGAAAUUCGUGCUUUUUCGAGCUUAAAAAGUCCCUCAACCAGCAAACUCCCGAAUUGCAAAGAAAGCCUCGCACAUCCUUUUCCCAUUAGAAGUUCUUCAGUUGUACAGCCAAUAAAACACACAAACGAGCAUUUCAACACCUUGCCUCCUAUGGUUAUAAGUAAGGACAAUAAGGAAGAAAAACCACCUAUGCUGAAUAGAAAGUCUCUUCCAUCUGCGGAAUCAAAGAUUCAAGAGGAAUUAAAGGAGCUAAAAGAUCGUGAGGAGGAGUUGAGACUUCAGAGGGCGCACCUUCUUGGCAGUUCUCAGCCCAAUCUCCACAAAUUAGAGGACGACGACCAGCUGGAACCAUUUGAUCAAGAGAGGUCAAAUAGCAACCCUGACCUAUCCGAAAAUGGUGUUUUGGAGAGUCCUGUAGAUCCAAUACCUUCGAUUUUCAGUGGCCAAAGAAGACGAAGUUUGCUCAUCGCCCAAUGGGAACAGAAGAUUCAGGAAGCCUAGGUUAGGUCUUGAAGGUCAUUGAACUCAGCUUGAACUCCCUCUAUCGCUUAAAAGUUACAAUAUUACUUUUUGCAAAAGAACUGACGUGCUGAGUGAGUAUCACAAGAGCCAACAACGAUAUUUAUAUGUGUGUGUUCUAGCUAUCUGUAAAUGAGCAUGGGACUUAAGAGCUGCGAUUUCUUCAUUCUGUGUUGUUGUUUUUCUUUUUUAGAUUUAGACAGUGGAGACAAUGCUGGAAUCUUAAUAAUAUCAUGCUAACUUUGGUUUUUUUCUAAUGAAGUAUGCUAAGUAUGAAAAUAAAAAAGUUAUUAUAUGGCUUGUAAUUUUCUAUGUACACGAUCUAAAUGAAAUCAGUGAGCCACAUCUUUCACAGCUUUGGAGCACAACAUCUGAAUAAAAUCACUGAAGUACAUCAUUCAACAGAUUGGGAGUACACCAACUGAAUGGCAUCAGUGAGCUACAUCCUUCAAUAGACCAGAAAUGUAUCAUAUGCGAACUACAACAUUUAAUCGAUUUGUAGUACACCAUUUGCAUGAAAUGAGUGAACUACAUCUUUUAGUCGCUUGUAUGUACAUCAUCUAAAUGAAAUAAUUGAACCACAUCCUUCAAAGGAUUGGUAGUACACUAAAGAAAUGAAAUCAUUGAAGAGUGCCCUUCAAUAGAUCUGGAGUACACAAUUGCAUGCGAUCAGUAAACGACAUUCUUCAAUAUAUUUGGAGUAUACCAUCUGAAUGACAUUAGCGAACCUACAUCCUUCAAUUGAUUGGAAGUAUACACCAUCUGCACGAAGUCGGUGAACUACAUCCUACAAGAGCUUGUGAGUACACCAUCUGAAUGUAAUCAGUGAAUAGCAUCCUUCAAUAGAAUAGGAACACAAUAUCUUCAUGAAAUCAGUGAAUACAUCUUUCAAUAGAAUAGGAGUACACCAUCUGAAUUAAAUCAAUUAACUACAUCCUCUAAUAAAUUGGAAGCACAUCAUUUGAGUGAAAUCAGUGAGCUACAUCCUUCAAUAGAUUGAGAAUGAAAUUUAUUUCUAAUUGGAGAAGACUGUCGUACCUUGAUUAUCGUUUCGUCUUUUUUGUGCACCAAGCUGCAUCAAAAACUUUAUUUUAAAAUAUCUAGGACUACUACGUUAUUUCUUGUUUUCCAAAA